UAAACAAUGUCAACCAAUGCCCAAUGCUUCAAAGUCUGACCAAAAUCAAUUUCCUUUUGUCUAUUUCAGCUCGUUCAUUUUCGCUACAGAUGAACUCAAGUAAACGGUUCAAACGAAUUGCACCAAAACGCAACAAAUCAGUUCGACUGAGUCAAUCCUGUAACGACUCGGAGAGGUGUGCGAAUAAGAGUUCCAAGUCAGUGAUCGUUAGGACCAGGACCACUCCCCGCCAUAAUCAGACUCUGCCUCAACCCAAACUCAAAAUCCAAUCUUCUCUAGUUUCCGACCCUUGUUUUCGCGAUACGACGAUUCUUCCCCACGAUUUCUUUCAAAUUGACGCUCUUGAUUUGGCGCCACGUUUGCUUGGCAAGUUUUUAAGAAGAGAUGAUGUUGUUCUUCAAAUUACUGAGGUAGAGGCUUAUAGACCAAAUGAUUCAGCUUGUCAUGGUAGAUUUGGAAUCACACCAAGAACAGCCCCUGUUUUUGGCCCUGGAGGAAAUGCUUAUGUUUAUCUUUGCUAUGGCCUUCAUACAAUGCUCAAUGUUGUCGCUGACAAGGAAGGAGUCGGGGCUGCAGUCUUAAUUCGUGCCUGCGCUCCUGUGUGUGGUCUAGAGACCAUUCAGCAGCGUCGAGGUCAGCAAACCGAGAAGCCUAUUCUUCUCACUGGACCUGGAAAGGUUGGUCAGGCUCUUGGAAUCUCCACAGAAUGGUCUUACCAUCCCCUAUACACUCCUGGUGGUUUGGAACUCUUGGAUGGGCCGGAACCUGAUAAGAUAUUAAUUGGUCCUCGUGUUGGCAUUGAAUAUGCUUUACCUGAGCAUGUUAACGCGUUGUGGAGAUUCGCCAUUGCUGACACCCCUUGGAUAAGUGCUCCUAAAAACACUCUUAGGCCUCCCUAGGCUCUGAUGAGUAAAUGACUUGUAUUUUCUCUUUUUUGCUUGUCCUUUUUUGUCAUUGUUCUGGGAAAUGUGAAUUUAUAUCAUAUAUAUGAAGUCAAUGCAUUGUAAAUGAAGCAAAAGCCUAAUGCCUG